AUGGGCGCGGAGGAAGCGAGAUUGUUCGCGCGUGAGGGCGCGAAGGUCGCAAUCGGCGAUGUCCUCGAAGAAGACGGGCGCAGAGUCGAAGCUGAGAUAAACGAGAGCGGCGACGACUGCCUAUUCCUGCGCCUGGACGUCACCAGCGAAGCCAACUGGCAGGACGCCAUCGCCGCGACUGUAUCACGAUUCGGCGCGCUGCACAUCCUCGUCAACAACGCCGGCAUCGGAGGCGUCGGCGGCUUGGUCGAAGACACUCCGGUCGAAGACUGGGAACUUGUCAUGGACAUCAACGCCAAGGGCGUCUUCCUCGGCACGAAGGCGGCCAUCCCCGAGAUGCAAGCGGCAGGCGGCGGCUCCAUCAUCAACAUCUCCUCCCAGCUCGGCAUCGUCGCCACAGACAACACCAGCCCGAUGUACCACGCCUCCAAGGGCGCCGUCCGCAUCCUCACCAAGUCCACAGCCAUCCAGUUCGCCCCCGACGGCAUCCGAGCCAACUCCGUGCAUCCCGGUCCUGUCAAUACCGCCAUGACAGAGCGCCGCGCGCGAAGACCCUGA